UCACCUAAUGAUGACCUCAGAACUUUGUCUUUAUCUGGGCAUGUUGGGUUUGACAGUCUUCCUGACCAGCUUGUCAACAAAUCAACUUCACAGGGAUUCUGCUUUAACAUAUUAUGUGUUGGGGAAACAGGCAUUGGAAAGUCCACUUUAAUGGACACUAUAUUCAAUACCAAGUUUGAAAGUGAACCAGUUUCUCACUGUGAGCCUGGGGUCCGAUUAAAAGCAAGAAGCUAUGAAACUUCAAGAAAGUAAUGUCCGUCUGAAGCUAACUGUGGUUGACACUGUAGGAUUUGGAGACCAGAUUAACAAAGAUGACAGCUACCGUCCUAUCGUUGAGUACAUUGAUGCUCAGUUUGAAGCAUACCUUCAAGAAGAACUAAAGAUCAAGAGGUCGCUUUAUAACUACCAUGAUACAAGGAUUCACGCCUGCCUUUACUUCAUUGCUCCCACUGGCCAUUCAUUGAAAUCUCUUGACCUGGUCACAAUGAAGAAACUUGACAGUAAGGUGAAUAUCAUCCCCAUCAUUGCCAAAGCAGACACCAUUGCCAAAAAUGAGCUGCACAAAUUCAAAAGUAAAAUCAUGAGUGAGCUGGUCAGCAAUGGAGUUCAGAUCUAUCAGUUUCCUACAGAUGAAGAGACUGUCGCAGAGAUCAACGCUACAAUGAGCGUGCACCUUCCAUUUGCAGUGGUUGGCAGUACAGAAGAAGUAAAAAUUGGUAACAAAAUGGCUAAAGCAAGGCAGUAUCCCUGGGGUAUUGUGCAGGUUGAGAAUGAAAACCAUUGUGAUUUUGUGAAGUUGAGAGAAAUGUUAAUACGAGUAAACAUGGAGGACUUGAGAGAACAGACACAUGCUCGCCACUAUGAGCUGUACAGACGCUGCAAACUUGAAGAAAUGGGAUUCAAAGACACCGACCCAGAUAGUAAACCCUUCAGCCUCCAGGAAACAUAUGAAGCAAAGAGGAACGAAUUCCUUGGGGAACUGCAGAGGAAGGAGGAAGAAAUGAGACAAAUGUUUGUCAUGAGAGUGAAGGAAAAGGAAGCUGAACUUAAAGAAGCUGAAAAAGAACUCCAUGAAAAGUUUGACCUCCUCAAGAGGACUCACCAGGAAGAGAAGAAGAAGCUGGAGGACAAGAAAAAGGAAAUUGAGGAAGAAGUCAGCAUGUUCCAGAAGAAGAAAGCAGCCACACAACUCCUCCAGUCCCAAGCCCAGCAAGCUGGAUCCCAGCAAACCAAGAAAGACAAGGACAAGAAAAAGUAA